UCACCUGCUAGCAUGACAGUUAGCACUAGCUUUGCUGCUACGGAGGAUGCUACCACCAGACCUAAUUGUUGCAAGUACCUAGUGGGUUGCUGUGUGAAAGUGUUGCACUACGUAAUGAGCAGUGAAGUGUCUGAAGUGUCAGUUUUUACAGCAUUUACUGCACUCACUGGGGGUUGAAUUUGGGGAGGGUUUGUUCAUUUAUAGCAUGACUUACUCAAGGACUAUGAGGGGGAAAAUGCAGAGGCCAGGCCAAAUUGGCCACAUGGGUGACCCGGAAGCACCAGCUAAGGGGAGCAGUGAUUGUGUUUUUCGCUCUGAGCAAGGAGUUGCGAAAGCAGUCAUGGCCAGCUGUGUUGCCUUCAUGGAGUCCCCAGUGUGUCUGAUUGAAAAUACGGAUGGAAACCUUUCCGUGAACUCAGAGGCGGUAGACAUCUUGAUGGGGCUGCAUCAGCCAGUAGUGGUGGUGGCCGUGGUUGGCUUGUAUCGCACCGGAAAGUCUUACCUCAUGAACAAACUGGCUGGGAAGAAGCAUGGAUUUGCCCUGGGAGCCACCAUACAGUCCAAAACCAAGGGCAUCUGGAUGUGGGCGGUACCUCAUCCCACGAAAGUCGGCCACACCCUAGUGUUGCUGGACACCGAGGGGCUUGGGGAUGUGGAGAAGGGAGACCAGAGGAACGACGCCUGGAUCUUUGCACUGGCCAUCCUCCUGAGCAGCACUCUAGUGUACAACAGCCGGGGGACCAUAGACAACCAAGCAGUGGAGAACCUGCAAUAUGUCACCGAGCUGACAGAACGGAUCAAAGUCAAAUCCCCCAGUGGCGGUUCGUCCUCUGAGGAUGAUGGCGAUGGAGCAGACGCACAGUUUGUGCAGUUCUUCCCCAAGUUUGUGUGGGCAGUUCGGGAUUUCACGCUGGAGCUCAAGAUUGAUGGGAGGGAUGUGACCGACGACCAGUAUUUGGAGCAUGCCUUGUCCCUCAAAAAAGGGAGGGACAGGAAGACUACAGAUUACAACCUGCCCCGUGAGUGCAUCCGUAACUACUUCCCCGCGAGGAGGUGUUUCGUGUUCGCGACCCCCACCACCCCGGAGAACAUGUCGCGCCUGGAGACCCUGGACGAGGACGAGCUCAGCCCCUCGUUUCGUCGCGUCGCCUCCGCCUUCUGCGGUUACGUCUUCGAGAAGAGCUCCGUCAAGACGGUCAAAGGAGGGCUGCCCGUGACCGGAAGGAUGCUCGGCCACUUGGCGAAAACGUACGUGGACACCAUCGCCCGAGGCGACGUGCCCUGCCUGGAGAACGCCGUGCUGACCAUGGCGCAGAUCGAGAACGAGGCUGCGCGGCGGGACGCGCUGAAGGAGUACCAGGAGGGCAUGGGGGCGCUCCGCUUCCCCGUGGACAUGGAGCAGAUGUCCCAGCAGCACAGGCGCUGGGAUUCGCAGGCCACCAAGACCUUCAUGGGCCGCUCCUUCAAAGACGAAGACGGCCAGCACCUGAAAGCCCUGGCGGAGGCCAUCGCGAAGCAGUACGCUGAACUUCUCUGCCAGAACGAGGCGGCGUCUGAGGAUUUCUGCAGGAAGCUCCUGACUGACCUGUCUGCCCCGAUGGCCCAAAAAAUGCAGGGCGGCUUCUACGCCACGCCGGGAGGGUACGAGCUGUACUGCGCCGACAAGGACAGCGUGGUGGCCAAGUUCCGCAGCGAGCCUGCCAAAGGCGUCCGGGCAGAGGAAGUACUGGAAAUGUUCCUGAAGGAAAAAAGUGUGGAAUCCAACUCCGUUCUGCAGGCUGACAAUAAGCUCAGCGAGCAGGAGAGAAAGAUUCACGAGGGGAACCACAGGGUGGUGCUGUUGGAACAGGAGAAAAGGAGGGAGACGGAGAGAGCGGAACGGGCUCAGAAGAUUCUAAGUGACCAGGAAGAGAGUCACCAGGAGACCAUUCGUCAGUUAAUGGGCAAGAAGGAGAAGGAGUUGGCUGAAGCACUGAAGGAGAUGGAGCAAGCGCUGGACAGCAAACUGCUGGAACAGGAGCGGCUGGUGUCCAAGGGGUUCCAGAGAAAAGAACAGGCCCUGAGGGAGGAGAUCCAGAAUCUGAAGGAGGAUAUAAAAAGCACAAAGCAGAGAGAGAAGGCUGCCCAGCAGCAGAUGGUGACGAGCCUGACCAUGGCCAUCGCUGAUGGUUUCCAACGCUACAUGGAGUACAAGACAGCCUGCGAGGAGAGCAAACUACUGGAACUGCAAGACGCGGAGAGAAAAUACAAGCUCCGGCCGGAGUCGGGUCAGCUCCACCACGGCCCCAGGCCCGGCUUAAGCCAGGGUGGGGGGUUAAAGCAAGGCGCUCCGGGGCAAGGAGGCCCGAACCUCCAAGAGCACCAGCAAGGGGAGGACGAACUUGGACAGGCACAGGCAAGCUCCUCUAUGGCUGGCGCGGCGGUGGAACAAGCUCAUUCAAAGUCCAAUGUGAGCCCCUGAGGAAGGAGCAAAUCCGCAGCGUGAGGGCAGUACAUUGAAUUCCGUAUGGUUGGCUGCAGGUUACUCAUUAAAAAAUGUCUGAUUUUUUUAAAUUUAUGUUUUACAAAUUAUAGCUUUUGUUACACUGUUAACAUGCAGCAUGUUUCAGUAAUGUUAUGCCUGGAGGCUUCUUGGUGAUGCAGGUUGCAGAUGAAUGGAGAUGCAAAUUAGAUGUACUUAUGCAUAUGCUCAAGCUCAGUUGAGUAAGGAUUCAUGUAUUUACCCUGUACAGCACUGAAUUAAGUAUAAAGAUAAAUCAAUUUAAUAAAAUAAAAGCUGUAAAUUUAUUAUAAUUCCAACCUAAUUAAAGGGUGUUAUUUAUUUCCGUAUUGGAAGGUAGCUCCAUGUGUAAAAUGUAUCAACCUUUUCUUGUUUGAUCAGUAAUUCAUUACUACAUAGACACAAGGUUUAAUAGUACAUGCAGCAGCAGGACCACUCUGCCACUGCAGGCGAUGCCUGCUGGCUGCAGGUGCCCGAUCCACCAAAGGGGUCGCUCUCGCGCAGCGCGCUGGGGGAGUUCCCUGCUGAGCGAAACCCACCAGUCCUUCUGUCAGGGACGCGGGUCAGAUAAUGCGGGUUCACACCUAGGAUUGGACACAUGGAUUUUUUUACCCGGGUUGUUGCGUCGGGGGUAUGUGAAGGGGGUAUGUGACGUUACAGCAGACUACAAACAAGCCGCUCUGACAACCUUGAUUCCUGUCUCGGGUCCCUGCAUGAUUUUAAAGUCUGUAGCACUAACCUUCUUGAAGAGGACUCUAACUGCUGCUUCAGUCAAUGUUUUACAGAGGACUGCAAUUUCUUUAAUGUUUUGCACUGAAUAUUCUUGUGUCCCUAUGUAUCUGUGCUGUAUGUGCAAUGAGUAGGUGUGUUGUGCAUUUUCUAAUUUUCCAUAUCUCUAGACAGGUGUCUGUUGUGAGAGAGGUGUACUCACACCUGUAUAAAUUAAGGAUAAAUAAAAAAAUUUAUGUUUUUAGCCGUGGCCACAACAACACAAUGAAAGCAACGAUUUGCCUGCUGAGAUGAAGACCCCUCUACUUUGGCUAUGGGAACGACCUUGUGUAGGGGUGGGGUGGUUAGAGCGUCAUCUGCAGGUGGGGAGGGAGCAGUUUAGCUGGCCUGUAACCAUACCUGUUGGCAAUUUUCAGCAAUUGUUAACUGUUUAUAUGCUCUGCCAGCAGUGAGACCGGGGCGCGGGAAUGAGAAACGUGGCGUUCGUUUCCUUCAGCGGCUGUGUGUGUUCUGUUUGUUUGGUAACACGUUGUGGUUUAAGCACACAAUAAAACCCGCGCGCGU